AGAGGGGCUGCCUGAGAAGUGAGAAGGGGGGAGGGGGAUGGGCAGGCGCGAGCCUCCCAAGCCAGGAGCCGCGUCCCAGCCCAUCAGCGCGAACCGAGCACCCGCCACCCUACUUCGGCACGUGCCUGCCCGCGCAUCCUUCUCCCCUGCCCAUUGCUGCGCAGGCCAGUGCGGGGCGGUAGCAGGCGCUUCGCUGCCGCAGGGGCCGGGAGCGGGGCCGGGAUCCCAGCAGCAGCUGAAAAUCCAGCCACGACUCCCCCGUGAGCCGUGCAAGCAGAAACAUCCUUCCAGAAUGACAGAGAACCAGCCACACAGCAGUAUUCAGAUAUCAGAACCAAGUACCAAUGGCUUCCCCUGGAGAAAACUGUCCUCUAUAGAAAAGCCAAAGUUUCCUGCAGAAGCCACUGUGACCUUUCACAACAUCUGCUACAGAGUGAAAGUGAAGAGUGGCUUUUUAUAUUGUCAAAAAGCCGUUCCUAAGCAAAUUUUGAAAGAUAUCAAUGGGAUUAUGAGACCAGGUCUUAACGCAAUUUUGGGACCCACUGGCAGUGGCAAAUCUUCGCUAUUAGAUAUCUUAGCUGCAAGGAAAGAUCCUCACGGGCUCUCUGGAGAGAUUUUGAUAAAUGGAGCUCCUCGGCCUGCCAAUUUUAAAUGCAUCUCUGGAUAUGUGGUACAGAAUGAUGUGGUUAUGGGGACCCUGACAGUGAGAGAAAAUUUUGAGUUCUCAGCUGCACUUCGAUUGCCAAGUACCGUGUCUGAACAGGAAAAGAAGGAACGGGUGAACCAAAUCAUCAGGGAACUGGGUUUGGCCAAAGUGGCAGAUUCCAAGGUUGGCACCCAGUUUAUUCGUGGUGUAUCUGGGGGAGAGAGAAAAAGGACCAAUAUUGGAAUGGAACUCAUUACUGACCCUGCAGUCUUGUUCUUAGAUGAACCAACUACUGGAUUAGAUGCCAGCACUGCCAAUGCUGUCUUGCUGCUCCUGAAAAGGAUGUCAAGUCAGGGGAAAACAAUAAUCUUUUCACUUCAUCAGCCCCGGUACUCCAUAUUCAGAUUGUUUGAUAGCCUGACGUUACUGGCUGCAGGAAGCCUGUUGUACCAUGGUCCUGCUCGGAAUGCUCUGCAGUACUUCAAAUCUAUUGGUUAUGAAUGUGAGCCAUACAACAAUCCUGCUGAUUUUUUUCUGGAUGUCAUUAAUGGAGACUCAACUGCUGUGAAUCUCAGCAAAUCAGAAUUUGUCAGUCAAUACAAUUUAUCAGAAACCAUUGAAGAGGACAGAGGUGAUAAGACUAUUGCUGAGAAAUUAGCAGAGUUGUUUUCCAGUUCCCCUUACUACAAAGAAACAAAAACAGAAUUAGAGAAGCUGUCUUUGAAAAAUAAAAGGAAGAUGAGUGCAGAUUUCCAGAAAAUCACAUAUAGCACUUCCUUCUUUCACCAGCUCAAGUGGGUGUCCAGACGCACAUUUAAAAACUUGAUAUAUAACCCACAAAGCUCCAUGGCUCAGCUGUGUAUUACAACUGGUCUGGGAAUAGUUGUAGGAGCCAUUUUCUCUGGAAUAAAAAAUGAUUCCAGUGGCAUUCAGAACAGAGUUGGUGCUUUAUUCUUUUUGACCACCAAUCAGUGUUUGAGCAGUGUUACAACUAUUGAACUUUUUGUCACCGAAAAAAAGAUAUUUAUACAUGAAUAUAUCAGUGGUUACUACAGAGUAUCUGCAUAUUUUUUCUCAAAGAUAAUAGCUGAUUUAAUACCCAUGAGGACUUUACCAAGCAUCAUCUUCACCUGUAUAAAUUAUUUCUUAAUAGGUUUCAAGCCAACAAUUGGGGCCUUCUUUAUCAUGAUGGUUACCCUUAUACUGGUUGCCUACACAGCCAGUUCUAUGGCUCUGGCUAUAGCAACGGGACAAGAUGUUGUGGCUGUCGCUAAUCUCCUCAUAAAUAUUUGCUUUGUUUUUAUGAUUAUUUUCUCUGGCUUGCUGGUAAAUCUCACAAGCAUCGAAUCUUGGCUUUUCUGGCUGAACUAUUUCAGCAUCCCUCGCUAUGGCCUGACCGCUUUGCAAAUUAAUGAAUUUACAGGUCUAAGCUUUUGCCAGAAUGCCAAUGUGACUGGGGUCAAUGUAAGUUGCAUCACUUCUAGUCCAUUUACAAUAGGUCUCACGCACAUGAAGACAGCAGAGGACUGUUGACAGCGUACAAUUUAGGCCUGGGAUUUCCAAGGACCAAGGAAUGCUGUAGAAACUUCAGAUCAGCAGUAAGGGAGAUAUAAACAGAGAAGCAUCUUUGACAUCCUAAGGUGCCAAAGGCUUAGUCUGCAUUAUUGAUAGUGGCAGAUAGCUAGCUCAAGAAAGCACUUGAAAAAAAAAAUCUAAACAUGUUUACCUAGAAAUAUAUAGUUUAAAAAACUAUAUAAAGUGAAGUUGGAUGAGAAUUUAGUUUUCUUAUCUAAUGCAGAUGCUUCUCUUUAGUGCAGAAGGGCAGGGCAGUAAGUGAAACUGACUAGGCCGUCAAUUUCCUUUGGGUUCUACCAAACAGGAGGUUCUGCAGCUAUAUUUUUUUUAAAUUUUAAAACAGUACGGGGGGAUUGGAAGAAGGGGGAAGAGAAAAGCAACAUGUCAAAUACAGGACACUCACCAUAAUGAGACGGAUUUAAAUGCAGAUUAUUUUUGUCCAUAAUUCUCAUACACAUUGGUGGUUUU